GAGAACCCUGAUGAUGUCUUAGUAGCCAUGUAGAUGACUGCGUAGAUGAAUUCCAUGCCACAGGUUCUUCAGGGAAGUCUUGUGAAGUUCUAUCCUGAAGACUGUAUUUUUACCCUUAUAUAGAAUGUUAUCCUAGCUCCUGUUGGCUAAGCCAACCCCUCUGUCUCAGUGGGGAACCCCAAGCUGGGUAUAUAACUCUUCCAGAGAUUGUCCUCUCUCAGCCUCCACCUCGACACACACACUCUCCCUCACACACUUUCCCAACCAGGAGAAUGGCCCCCAAGAAGCCCGAGCCGAAGAAGGAGGCUGCAAAAUCGACCCCACCGGCUCCGGAGCCAGAGAAGCCCAAGGAGCCCGAAUUUGACCCCCAAAGCAUUGCGGUGAGUGUCCAACUCAUAGAAAAUAGAUUGUAUGUUGUAAUUCUAUGGUCUAACCUCUCUGCGAGUCUUUGCUGUCAUCUCCUCUCAUCCACCUGUGUUUGUAGUGGAACUAAUGACAUUAAGUAUGAGAGAGGAGGAUGCCAUCUUUAGUUGACGAGUUAAAGCUGUGUUAUUUGUUCAGGGAAGUAUGUCUAGUGAAAAACCCGUUGUUGUAUUAGUUUCUUGGCAUGGCUAUCCUCUGCAAAGGAUUUGACAUUUUCAGUGAUGUAAUAACCUUUCAGGUUAGUUAUGUUCAGAUCAUUAAACCAUCUCUGCUUGGUACAGUAACUGUUGAAUCUGAAUGAGAUUAUGUUGGAGGUGAAUCAAAGUAUAUUAUAAGGGGUUCCUAAUCAAUUAUGUAUUUUUUUCAUUUUCUGUUCCUUUGGCUUUGGCAACUGACAUUCAUCGUACGAUCAAAGACUUGUUGGCGUAGUGGCACACAUCCAACAAAACUUUCCAGCGACUGGAUCGAGCAAACAGUUCAUAGAACUGUUUUAUGUUCCCAACAUGCUCUUUCAAUGGACGAAUAACAUUUCAACCCAUAACUGUAACUGGUUCCUCGUCAGGUUGUUUUUCUCAGGGAUGAUAAAAGACAAACUGGGCUGGUAUUUGGUGCCAGAGAUGUGCUACACCCGGAUUCAUCUGCAUUCUUCUGUCUCUCUGGGGUUCUAGAACAGCCUUUCUAACGGGUCCCCAGUUGGAACUUUUCCUCCCCAUUGUUCUUAUAUUCGCCUGUGUUGGCCCCGGGGACAGUGGAGGAGAAUUAGGUUUCACACGAAGCCCACCAUCUUGAAACUAGGGGGCCCUGUUACUCUUAGAGACACAAAUGGGGUGUCCACAGCUGACCUUGGAGGUCUUCAAAGAACUCCCCCCAUGUCAUGUACAUAGUAUGCGCCUCGGAUGCACCUCAUCCUUCAUAAUACAAUUGCUAAAUGUGCUUACAAUGAUGAGCUGGGCAAAAUCAGCAGCAUUAUUCCCACUAUUGAAGUGUUCUUUUUUUCUAUUUCAGAUUGAGUUCACUGCAGACCAAAUUGACGGUAAACUGAUCUUGCUUUAAAAAAUCUUUGAUGUACAUUUUACUAUUUGUUAUAGGGAAAGUGUAUUGGAUGACCUGACCUGUUGAUGGCUUGCUAGUUUCCCCAGCUAACCCUGAUGAUCUGUGUUCUUUCCCAGAGUUCAAAGAGGCCUUCAUGCUUUUCGACAGGACCCCCAAAAGCGAGAUGAAGAUCUCUUACGCCCAGUGUGGUGAUGUGAUGAGGGCGCUGGGCCAGAACCCUUCCAAUGAAGAAGUCAUGAGAGUCCUAGGGAAACCCAAGCCACAGGGUCAGUGGCACACCAGUAUUCUAUAGACAUUGUAUAGUAGUAGUGGUCACUGGUUACAUGUUCACACAGACAUAGGCAUCAAUCAUUUUCUCAGCCUUUGAACACGUGCAUGGCCACACCAUUGCUUAAGUCACCAUGUUUCUCCUACUUUCCGUUAUCUCUUCAUUCACCUUGAGCUCUGUAGAGGCUGUAUGUUGAUGGGUUGAUUGUAACGCCUUCCCUUGCUCACUGUGCCACUAUAGAAAUGAACACCAAGCUGAUCGGCUUUGAGAUCUUCCUACCAAUGUUCCAGCACAUAUCCAAGUCCAAGAACCGGGGUACCUUUGAGGACUUUGUGGAAGGACUGCGUGUCUUUGACAAGGAGGGCAACAGCACCGUCAUGGGUGCCGAGCUGCGUCACGCACUCGCAACUCUUGGUUAGUGCCCAUGUUCUAUGUAGCUAUAAUCUCAUGUUUAUGACGUGAUUAUAGAUGUGUAAUGUAUGCUCUAUGAAGUUAAUGUGAAACCCGUAAGGGUAUCUGAAAGGAGGAUUGGUUUGGGGUUUGGCUUCCCUUGAUUCCACAUGUAACAUUUUAUUUAACAUAUGAAAUUUCAAGUGAUUUUCACGUGAUCCGAUAACCUUUCACAUGUGGAUUAAAAUGUUCUCAGUUCUCUAUAUUCUUCACAUAAGAUUUCACAGAAAUCAGUCCCCGGAAAGUCACGCAGUCAGAAUAUUUUCAAUUUACAUAUUUGGCACACUUUGGCAUACAUUAUUAUAAUGUGUACGUUUAUUUAUACAGUAAUUAUUAUUCAACAUGUCCUCACCUGGGAUUUGGACUCACAACCUCUUGGUUCUGCAUUCAGACUUUUUUGCUAUGCCACCAUUUCUGUGUCAAUGACUGAUUUCACCUGUAUUCCUACACUUUGGACAUUAAAGUAAAUCUCAGCUUUGUUAAAAAUACACUCAAGAAAAACUAUUAUAUUUAUCAUAGUGAUUGAGGAGUAACAUUAAAACAGAAUAAUAUGACACACCAACAUUAGACUAUACAGAAAACCCUCAAAUUGCUGAACUUCUGAGCAUGUUACAGACUUUGUAGCGCAGCAGAAAGAUAACCUAAAUCCAGAGGUUCUGAAUUCAAAUCCCAGUUGGGGUCAUAUUGAAAAGUCAGUACAAAGGAAUCAUGUCAAAUAGAUUCAUAUUGUCAUUGGUUAUAGAUGUUUACACUAUUUUAGCUGAACAGCGUACCACUUACCUUAACAUUUACAUUUACAUUUACGUCAUUUAGCAGACGCUCUUAUCCAGAGCGACUUACAAAUUGGUGCAUUCACCCUAUAGCCAGUGGGAUAACCAUCUUACAAUUUUUUUUUUUUUUUUUUAUAUAUUUGUAUAUAUUUUAUUUAUAAAUCAUUAUUAAUAUUAUUAUUUUUUAUUUUAUUUUUAUUUAUUUUUAGGGGGGGGGGGGGGGGGGGGGGGGGGUAGAAGGAUUACUUUAUCCUAUCCCAGGUAUUCCUUAAAGAGGUGGGGUUUCAAAUGUCUCCGGAAGGUGCUGAGUGACUCCGCUGUCCUGGCGUCGUGAGGGAGCUUGUUCCACCAUUGGGGUGCCAGAGCAGCGAACAGUUUUGACUGGGCUGAGCGGGAACUAUGCUUCCGCAGAGGAAGGGGAGCCAGCAGGCCAGAGGUGGAUGAACGCAAUGCCCUCGUUUGGGUGAAGGGACUGAUCAGAGCCUGAAGGUACGGAGGUGCCGUUUCCCUCACAGCUCCACAGGCAAGCACCAUGGUCUUGUAACAGAUGCGAGCUUCAACUGGAAGCCAGUGGAGUGUGCGGAGGAGCGGGGUGACGUGAGAGAACUUGGAAAGGUUGAACACCAGACGGGCUGCGGCAUUCUGGAUGAGUUGUAGGGGUUUAAUGGCACAGGCAGGGAGCCCAGCCAACAGCGAGUUGCAGUAAUCCAGACGGGAGAUGACAAGUGCCUGGAUUAGGACCUGUGCCGCUUCCUGUGUAAGGCAGGGUCGUACUCUCCGAAUGUUGUAGAGCAUGAACCUGCAGGAUCGGGUCACCGCCUUGAUGUUAGCGGAGAACGACAGGGUGUUGUCCAGGGUCACGCCAAGGCUCUUCGCACUCUGGGAGGAGGACACAACGGAGUUGUCAACCGUGAUGGCGAGAUCAUGGAACGGGCAGUCCUUCCCCGGGAGGAAGAGCAGCUCCGUCUUGCCAAGGUUCAGCUUGAGGUGGUGAUCCGUCAUCCAUACUGAUAUGUCUGCCAGACAUGCAGAGAUGCGAUUCGCCACCUGGUUAUCAGAAGGGAAAGGAGAAGAUUAGUUGUGUAUCGUCAGAGUAGCAAUGAUAGGAGAGGCCAUGUGAGGAUAUGACAGAGCCAAGUGACUUGGUGUAUAGCGAGAAUAGGAGAGGGCCUAGAACUGAGCCCUGGGGGACACCAGUGGUGAGAGCACGUGGUGCGGAGACAGCUUCUCGCCACGCCACUUGGUAGGAGCGACCGGUCAGGUAGGAUGCAAUCCAAGAGUGAGCCGCGCCGGAGAUGCCCAGCUCGGAGAGGGUGGAGAGGAGGAUCUGAUGGUUCACAGUAUCAAAGGCAGCAGACAGGUCUAGAAGGACAAGAGCAGAGGAGAGAGAGUUAGCUUUAGCAGUGCGGAGAGCCUCCUUGACACAGAGAAGAGCAGUCUCAGUUGAAUGACCAGUCCUGAAACCUGACUGGUUUGGAUCAAGAAGGUCAUUCUGAGAGAGAUAGCAAGAGAGUUGGCUAAAGACGGCACGCUCAAUAGUUUUGGAAAGAAAAGAAAGAAGGGAUACUGGUCUGUAGUUGUUGACAUCAGAGGGAUCGAAUGUUGGUUUUUUGAGAAGGGGUGCAACUCUCGCUCUCUUGAAGACGGAAGGGACAUAGCCAGCGGUCAAGGAUGAGUUGAUCAGCGAGGUGAGGUAGGGGAGAAGGUCACCGGAGAUGGUCUGGAGAAGAGAGGAGGGGAUGGGGUCAAGCGGGCAGGUUGUUGGGCGGCCUGCAGUCACAAGUCACAAGAUUCAGCAGGGAGGAGAAUGUGGCAAAGAGCUUCCUAGGGUUAGAGGCAGAUGCUUGGAAUUUAGAGUGGUAGAAAGUGGCCUUAGCAGCAGAAACAGAUGAAGAAAAUGUAGAGAGGAGGGAGUGAAAAGAUGCCAGGUCCGCAGGUAGUCUAGUUUUCUUCCAUUUCCGCUCAGCUGCCCGGAGCUCUGUUCUGUGAGCUCGCAAUGAGUCAUCAAGCCACGGAGCUGGAGGGGAGGACCGAGCCGGCCGGGAGGAUAGGGGACACAGAGAGUCAAAGGAUGCAGAAAGGGAGGAGAGGAGGGUUGAGGAGGCAGAAUCAGGAGAUUGGAGGGAGAAGGUUUGAGCAGGGGGAAGAGAUGAUAGGAUGGUAGAGGAGAGAGUAGUGGGAGAGAGAGAGCGAAGGUUGCGGCGGCGCAUUACCAUCUGUGUAGGGGCAGAGUGAGUAGUGUUGGAGAAGAGCGAGAGAGAAAAGGAUACAAAGUAGUGGUCGGAGACAUGGAGGGGAGUUGCAGUGAGAUUAGUAGAAGAGCAGCAUCUAGUAAAGAUGAGGUCAAGCGUAUUGCCUGCCUUGUGAGUAGGGGGGGACGGUGAGAGGGUGAGUUCAAAAGAGGAGAGGAGUGGAAAGAAGGAGGCAGAGAGAAAUGAGUCAAAUGUAGACGUAGGGAGGUUGAAAUCCCCCAAAACUGUGAGGGGUGAGCCAUCCUCAGGAAAUGAACUUAUCAAGGCGUCAAGCUCAUUGAUGAUCAUUACUUCUCUUAGAAAGAAAACAUGUGAAAUCUGCAGUUUCACAUAUGAGAAUCGCAUUUUCACAGUUGAAAUAGCUGUUUUCACAUGUUGAGCUGAAAUGUUCACAUGUGAAAGCAAAAGAGACACAUGUGAGGUCAGUUGUGUUCACAUGUAUUAAAAAUGUAGAUGUGAAAAAUGUGAAAAACUUUCACAUUUGAAAAACGUUCACAUGUGAAAACCUAACUCUCACAUGUGGAAUUUAAUUUUCACAUGAGAAAAUCAAAUUUUCAGUUUUACAUAUAUUUUACAUAUAUUUAUAUAGUUUCAUGGUAUCACAUGUUGAAAUUUUGCAUCCUCAUGUUGUCACAUUUAUUUCUCAUGUUUUCACGUGCUGAAAUGUUUUCACAUGUGUAGUUAUCACAUUAACUUCACAUAAGAUCACGUGAUCACAUGUAAUUAUGUGAGAUCACAUGUGAAACACAUAUGAUCACAUGUGAAAUUCAUGUGUUUUUUUUCCGUAAGGGUUGUGUCUGUGAGGAGUGUUUAACACCAUUUGAAAUGUCUUACACCCCUACCGUUACACUUGCAGGAGAGAAGAUGACAGAGAAAGAGAUAGAGGUCGUGAUGGAAGGACAAGAGGAUGGCAACGGCUGCAUUAACUACGAAGGUGCGGCAACAUACUACUUUAUGCAGUGUGCUGAGGAAACCUACUGGUUCCCACCUAAUGUUAAUACAGCCUCUGUUUCUAUCUCUCUAUUUCAGCCUUUGUGAAACACAUCAUGGCUGGG